AUGCAGAUUGGAAAAGAGUUUGUGAGGCAAAACAGCUUCUACAAGUGUGUGAUAAAUGAUGAGGAUGGAAGCCUGGAUUCUGCAGAUGUGUUCGAGUUGGCUUUUAAAGGAAAUGCUUCAGCCGUCGACCGGCUGAGACGGAAAAGUCGGGAACACCUGAGUACCAGGGAUGAGAAUGGAGCGAGCCCAUUGCACUAUGCGUCAGCCGGUGGAAACCUGGAUGCAAUUCGGCUCAUAGUUUCUGUUGUGGGCUCUGAGGAGCUGAAUGUGCCGGAUGAACAGGGCAGAACAGCUUUGCACUGGGCUGUGGAGCGUAAUCAGACGCAGAGCAGUGCGUUACUGCUGGAGCUGGGUGCUGACCCCAACAUCCUCAACACCGCCAUGAUGGCCCCUCUGCAUCUUGCUGUCACAAACAAAUACAACCAUCUAGUAGAGCUCCUUCUGGCCUGUGACAGAACAGAUCCCAAUUUGGAGGGGGACCUGGGUAACACCCCCGCGAUGAUGGCAUGCUCCAGCAAUAACUGCCAAGCUUUCCAGACUCUAUUCAAACACGGUGCAAAAAUGUGCAGUCAGAACAAACUGGGUCACUACGCCAUUCAUACAGUUGCUUUCGCAGGUGCCAAAGAGUCUAUGGAAAUGGCUUUAAAAAUUGGAGAAGAAAUGGGUAUUUCCACUUUAGUUCACAUUAAUUAUUUGGACAAGACCAAAAGCAGCCCCCUUCAUCUGGCUGUACGGGGGGGGAACAUAGAGGUCAUCGAACUUUGCAUUGCUAAAGGAGCCCGAGUGGAUCAGCAACAGUGCGACAAAUCCACGGCCCUCCACUUUGCCUGCACUCAGGGUGCCAUGGAGGCUGUCAAGAUCAUGCUUUCGUCCUAUGACAGAGUGGAAAACAUCAUCAACAUCAGGGAUGGAGCCAACCAGACCCCUUUACAUAGGGCCACACUGUUCGAUCACGUUGAAUUGGCUGAAUAUCUGGUUUCAAAGGGAGCAGGAAUUAACUGUAUGGACUGCAAGGGACUGUCGCCUCUGCUGCUGGCAGCCAGCUCUGGUGCUUGGAAAACAGUGGUAUUUUUACUGUCAAAAGGUGCAGAUUUCAAAAUCAAAGACAAAGGGGGACGCAACUUCCUCCACUUUGCCACUCUUCAACCCAAAGGACUGACAAAUCUACCUAACGCAAUCUUACAGAGUAACACAGUGAAAGAAAUGUUGUCUGAUGAGGAUGUCGAGGGCUGCACUCCUCUUCACUACGCCUGCAAACUUGGCAUCCACGACUCGGUCAAAAACAUGCUGGGUCUCAAUAUCCCUCUGGGUCAAAAGUCACGGGAGAAGAAAUCGGCCCUUCACUUUGCUGCAGAAUAUGGGCGUAUAAACACAUGUCACAGGCUGCUGGAUUCCAUCACAGACUCCAAGAUGCUCAACGAGGGGGAUGACAAGGGUCUGACGCCCCUCCAUUUUGCUUCAAAGGGAGGACACACUCAAGUUGUUGAUUUGCUCCUUAGGAGGGGAGCUCUCUUUCAAAGCGAUUACAAAGGCUGGUCUUGUUUACAUCACGCUGCGGCUGAGGGAUACACGCAGACAAUGAAAAUCCUCCUGGCUGCUAACGUUAAACUGCUGGAUUUGACAAAUGAAGAUGGGAACACAGCUCUGCACGUUGCUGCCCAAGCGGGUCAUGUAGGGACUAUUAUAUUGUUAUUGAACAGAGGAGCUGAAAUGACACUCAACAAUGCAGACAGCUCCUUCAUGCACGAGGCUGUGCGCAACGAAAAAAAAGAUGUAGUGAAUGCCGUCAUCGAACAUGAGAGGCGUUCCGAGGCAAUGAAGACAUUCAAAAAGGGAACAUCAACGUCCCGCUGUGUUGUGAUAGACCUCAUAGAGUUCCUCCCAGAGUCUUUCAAGCAUCUUCUAGAUCUGUGCGUUGAGGAGUCAGACCAUGAUGCCAACAGUCCAGACUACCACAUGACGUAUGAUUUCCAGUGGCUUCAGGCUCCCAUACAGCUGAAGAAGUUUGCAGAAGCAGACAAAACUAUGAAAUUCCUUCCACUGGCAGCUCUUAAUGCCAUGGUGCAGUACAACCGACUGGAGCUUCUGACUCACCCCUUGAGCCAAAAAUAUCUGGGGAUGAAGUGGAAAGCAUAUGGCAGCAAGGUUCAUUUGCUCAACCUGGCUAUAUACCUGCUUGGCUUGUUGCCCCUCACGUACCUCAUUCUUAGUCUGAGACCGUGCCAGGACUUUUCAACCAAUUCUACAUCUGUCACCAUGGUGCCUGUAUCUUUCUCAGAGCAAAAAUAUUUAAUCUCAGUCUGUAUAAUCAUGGUCUGUGUCAUGAACGUAUACGCCGUUUGUAAAGAGCUGGUACAGUUGGCGCAGCAGCGAAUAAAUUACUUCGCCGACUAUUCUAACCCUGCUGACUGGACAUCCGCCAUAAGCUCUCUGGUCUUUGUUAUUCCGAUGUGCCUCAAUGUAGAAAAUACAUGGCAAUGGGAAGCUGGGGCUGUUGCAAUCCUGACUUCUUGGGUCAGCUUUCUGCUGUACUUCCAGAGGUUUGAGCGCAUAGGAAUUUACGUGGUCAUGUUUGGCGGGAUCAUUAGGACCCUGGUGUGCACCAUGGUUCUCUUUAUCUUCCUCCUGCUGGCAUUUGGCUUGGCCUUCUACGCUUUGAUGCUUCACCGCGCCGAGUUCAGCUCCAUCAGCCUUGCUCUCGCUCAGACCUUCGUAAUGACAGUGGGAGAACUGAACUACCAGAGCACAUUUCUGGACGCUUUUGAAAAUGGCCGGAUGGCGUUUCCCGGGACCACCUAUUUAGUCUUUGUGCUUUUUGUCCUUCUAAUGCCCAUCCUCCUCAUGAACCUAAUGAUCGGUCUGGCGGUGGGAGACAUUGCGGAGGUGCAGAGAAACGCAGAAUUAAAAAGGAUAGCCAUGCAGAUUGAUCUUCACACAACCCUAGAAGAGAAGCUCCCAUACUGGUUCCUAAAGCGAGUGGACAAACCCACCAUCACUAUCUAUCCCAAUAAAUGCAAGAAAGUCUUGUUACAAGUCUUGGUUGACGGUGAGAUCCAAAACACAGUUCGUACCCGUUUGAACCUCAAAUCCGGUCACCUAGGACCUAUGGAGAGAGAACUGCACAAACAGAAGAGCAGGUUGAAAGAAAUGUCCAGUAUGCUGGAUAAGCAACAUAACCUGCUGAAGCUGAUCAUACAGAAGAUGGAAAUCACCUCCGAAGCUGAUGAAUAUGACGGCCCGCAGAACCUCAGAGCUCUGAGAUAUCCCUCUUGCACCUCAAAUCAAAAGUCAAAGUGGGUCCCCGUGAUGCAAGCUCUUCGGACGAGGAAGUGACCGCAGAGAUGGUGGUGUCAUUAUUUAUGAAACAAAAACUGUUUACUUUGCAGUCAUUUCUUACAUUACUUUUUAUAAUGUAUUAGUGUAAAGCAGGGUUUUCUCUCCUGUUUGGUUUUUACCAACCACUUCAGGUAGUAAACUGUGCGGUUUAUAUCUUGGCCAGGCUCCCCACGAUCGCAUUUUUAAACCUUUAGUUCGUUCGUUAAGUUGCUGUUAGAGCAAACAUAAUAUCUGCAAAAUGAUAAAGCUCAAAGUUCAGUGCCAAGCAAAAUAUUGUCUUAAACAGAAUUCGCUUUGUAAGGACUUCAGAGAACUGCUGGAAUCGGACUGCAGCUCUCUACUUCCCUGGUACAUGAUGUCACUGUUCCAAAUGCUUUUAAUAACCUCCACCCAAAGGAAUACGUCAAAAUAGGGGCGAGGUCUUCGAGAAGAGGAAGAGCCGGUGGAGUAGUGUUUGUUU